CUAAUUGGGGAGUUAGUAAUGUUUUUAAAAUUAUGGUGGGUGUAUUGAACUUCUGAAAACCGUGGGGAGCGUUCGGAAAAAGGCACUCCCACGGUUCAGCCGUUCCCACGAGAAGUCGAGUAGCAGGAAUCACACUCGCGGUCAUUCCAGCCUUUCAGGGGUUGUAAAUUGUUCAAAAGAGGAAAAAGAAUGGCGUUAGGGCUUUUAUUAGGGUUAGGAAGAGCGAUGAGAAGAAAGCGAACUUCAUCACUUGAUAUUUUGUCAUCGAAACGCGCGCCACGCGAUUAUUAUAAGGGAAAGAAUUGCAAGCCCACUGGUUUUCAUACUCGCAAAGGUGGAUAUGUUGUGGUGCAAGAAAAACUGCCGAACUAUGUUGUGCCUGAUUUGACUGACUUCAAGCUCAAACCAUAUGUAUCUCAAUGCCCAAUUGAAGUCAAAACAGCCGAAUCUACCGAACCAGCAAAGUAGCCCCAUGUAGAGAAGUGCAUUUGAUCAUUGUUUCUUGUGGAACUGAUAUGUGGUUUUUCAUUUUUUUCUACUUGUUUCAGAAACGUGAACAGUUCUCACUAUAUUUAGCAUUUCAAUGGUUCAACUUCUAGAGUCUAGUACUAUCUUACACCCUUUGCAAGGUAACUUGAUGGGAAAUUCAUUGAGUGCCCUCUAAUUUAUAUUAGAAGCUUUUUAAUCCA